AUGGGGCUGUCGCUGGCUGCAUCCUUCGUCUUUUUGCCACCAGACAUCAAAGACGAACAGACCCGGCAGGCAUCCGACUAUCUCGUCUGGGAUGAGCAGCCGGCCAAAUUUCCAGGAGGAGGGGUCAGAAGACCCUUCCUUUGGUUGCCAGCACCGCAAGAUGCAAAAACGCAGAGGACGCUGAUCUUCUUCCAUGGCAAUGCAGAGGAUCUCCUUCUGAUCGAGCCAGACCUGGUGCAGUUUGCUAAGGCUCUGAAGUGCAACUUCCUGGCCGUGGAGUAUCCCGGCUAUGGCCUCUGCACUCGCAGUAAAGGCUGCGAAGAGAUCAGCUUCGAGGGCGUCGAAGAUGUAGCGCUGCAUGCGCUGGUCUACUGUGUCUCUGUGCGCGGAAUCCCACCAGAAAAGGUACUUCUUCACGGAAGAUCUCUCGGAAGCGGGCCAGUCCUUCGGCUGGCGAAGCGUGCCCGUGACUUGAUGAGGUGGCACAUUGGAGGCGUAGUGCUACAGUGCCCGUUCAUCAGCAUCCGGCAGGUCGCAGCCGAUUACGUUGGUCUGCCAGGGAGUUAUCUCAUCCCAUCGGACUGCUACAACAACCUGGAUGCACUUCAAGAGCUAUGCCACGAUGCUUUAAACACGUGGGUGCCCAUCCUUAUAUUGCAUGGUGAGCUGGAUAAGGUCAUCAAGCCUUACCAUGGGAGGGCAUUGUUGCAGAAGGCUGUGGAAACGGGGCAUCCGCAGGUGGAGGGCGUUUUCCCGCCGAAUGCUUCCCACAACCAUUGGAGCCUGCGUGAAGAUGUGGUGAAGCCUAUGCAGUCGUUCUGUCAGCGCCAUGUGGCCGGCUGGCGGGAGCAGCAGGCAGACAGCUACUUUGGAGCAAGCUUCGUGGCUCACAGGCGAUGGCAUCUCAUUGAGAUGCUUCUGAUGUUCCGCAGCUGCAUGCAGCUGGGUGUGUUGCAUGUGUGCUCCGUACUGAUUGCCAAUGAGGGGCAACAUGGCAAUUACAAGUCUCAAGAAAGCCGAAGCCGCAUGGAGCCCCAGCUAGCGGGCCAGCUGGCUGAGCUGCUGCUGCUCACGCAACACGGCCAAUUUGGGCUGCUGGCCAAUGCUACGCUGCUUGCAGCCAGGAGGGCGGUUACUGCCAGUCUCAAGGAAGGCAGCAGCUUUUUCCUGGAAGGCGUACAGAGGGACUCACCGCCAGGCCUGCACCUGGAGAAGCUCUCGUCUGCAGGGGCUUACGACUUGGGCGGCACAUGCCUAGUGAUAGGGGUACAGCACCUCCUUGGAGCAGUUCUUUGUCUGCCAGAGGUGACUCGAAAUGUCAGCACUGACUGGUCGGCCGCAUUGAUCAGGCACGCUGCGUUGCUAGCCGCGGCUCUCGGCAUGACGCAGGUAGCCGCUGCCGUGCGCCGACACUUAGCAGAGGAUGGGCCAAAGCAUAUGCCCAUCUCUCUGGUAGCCUUUAUUGUCGGGCUCCAUGCAAUUAGCAUCGUAAAUUGCGUGCCAAUGAACUUGCAUUAUUCCGGCGAGUAUGCUUACGUUCUGAUGGUAUUUGGGAUGCACCUUUCGGGCUUUGCCGCCAACUUCCUUAGCCCACUGGCCUGGACCCUGGAUGAUUCUUACCUGCCGCAUCUCCCCGUACUCUGGCUGAUCAGCACCGUGGACACUGCCAUUGCCAUCAUCGUACGGGGGUGGCUUGACCUCAAGCUUCUAGGUAUGCAGUUCUUGGCUCUAGCGAUAUACUCAGGCCACUUCUCUUGUGGAGUAUCAUCAUGA